GCUGUUCCUCCAAGUCAUUCAAGCUGUACUCCCCCAAGGAGCCCCCCAACGGUAGCACUUUCCCCCCUUUCCACCCCGGCACCAUGCUGGACAGAGACGUGGGUCCUACUCCAAUGUACCCGCCCUCAUACAUGGAGCCAGGAAUAGGGAGGCACACACCAUACGGAAACCAAACAGACUACAGAAUAUUUGAGCUCAACAAGCGGCUACAGAACUGGACAGAGGAGUGCGACAACCUGUGGUGGGAUGCUUUCACUACAGAAUUCUUUGAAGAUGAUGCCAUGUUGACCAUUACUUUCUGUCUGGAAGAUGGACCCAAACGCUACACCAUUGGCCGGACGUUAAUUCCUCGGUACUUCCGGAGUAUAUUUGAGGGCGGGGCCACAGAGCUCUACUAUGUGCUGAAACAUCCCAAGGAAUCCUUCCACAAUAACUUUGUUUCCCUCGACUGUGAUCAGUGCACUAUGGUCACUCAAAACGGAAAGCCCAUGUUCACACAGGUGUGCGUAGAGGGCCGCUUGUACCUGGAGUUCAUGUUUGAUGACAUGAUGCGGAUAAAAACGUGGCACUUCAGCAUCCGACAGCACCGUGAACUCAUCCCCCGCAGUAUACUGGCCAUGCAUGCCCAAGACCCACAGAUGCUUGACCAGCUUUCCAAAAACAUAACAAGAUGUGGCCUGUCAAACUCCACCCUCAACUACCUCCGGCUGUGUGUUAUUCUGGAGCCCAUGCAGGAGCUGAUGUCCAGACACAAGACAUACAGUCUCAGCCCCAGAGACUGCCUCAAGACCUGCCUCUUCCAGAAAUGGCAGAGGAUGGUGGCCCCACCUGCAGAGCCAUCGAGACAGCCCCCCAACAAGCGGCGGAAGAGGAAGAUGUCUGGCGGCAGCACCAUCAGCGGAGGAGGAGGUGCCAACAAUAACAACAACAACAAAAAGAAGAGCCCCGGUAGCGGCUUUUCUCUUACAAGCCAAGUACCGGACGUGAUGGUGGUGGGAGAGCCCACCCUGAUGGGCGGGGAGUUUGGGGACGAGGAUGAGCGUCUGAUCACUCGGCUGGAGAACACGCAGUUCGACGCAGCCAACGGCAUUGACGACGAGGACAGCUUCAACAACUCUCCAGCGCUGGGCUCCAACUCGCCCUGGAACAACAAGGCCCCCUCCAGCCAGGAGAGCAAGAGUGACAACCCCACCUCGCAGGCAUCCCAGUAG